CCUUUUCUGACACGAAAGCUGAUCUGUGGUCUUCAUGAAUGUUUCAGAGAGGGAGUCUCGCUCUGCCGAGUGAGGAGAACAGCAGAUGUGUUCUAUUCCUCUAUUUGUUCGUUCAUUCAUCCUGCCAUCCAUCCAUCCCCCGCACAGCCACAGUCUGAGUUGAAGUUAUUGGUGGAUGGCAGAUUGACAGCCCUCACAAACACACAUCAGGUAGUUUGUGAGUGUGGGCAUGGCGGCGUGGUUGGCCCGGGUGUCCUGGGCAGAUGCCUGGUACAACACGUACUCGCGGCUGCUGCGCACCAAGCCUGUGGGCUCCAUGGCGCUCAGCUGCAAUGACCUCAACGAACUGGCCGACGGCUCAGGGGUGGGACUGGCCAAGGUCCUGACCACCGUGGACCUGGUAUCCCUGGGGGUGGGCAGCUGCGUGGGUACUGGGAUGUAUGUAGUCGCUGGGCUGGUUGCCAAGGCGAUGGCCGGUCCGGGCGUUAUCUUGUCCUUCAUCAUUGCUGCUAUGGCGUCCAUUUUGUCAGGCGUGUGCUAUGCAGAGUUCGGCGUCCGCAUUCCCAAGACGACAGGCUCGGCCUACACGUACAGCUACGUGACUGUCGGUGAGUUUGUGGCCUUCCUGAUUGGCUGGAAUCUGAUCCUGGAGUAUCUGAUUGGCACAGCGGCAGGGGCGUCGGCCCUCAGCAGCAUGUUUGACUCUCUGGCCAAUCACAGCAUCAGUAACUACAUGGUCACCCACCUAGGGACGCUCAGAGGACUAGGUAAAGGCGAGGACACCUACCCUGACCUGUUGGCCAUGUUCAUCGCCCUGCUCGUCGCAGUAAUCAUCGCCCUCGGUGUGCGCAACUCAGUGGGCUUUAACAACAUCCUGAAUGUGGUCAACAUGGUGGUUUGGGUCUUCAUCGUCCUGGCCGGUCUCUUCUUCCUGUCUGCCAAGAACUGGGAGGGCGGCAUGUUUCUGCCCUACGGCUGGUCGGGGGUGAUGCGAGGGGCAGCGACCUGCUUCUACGCCUUCAUCGGCUUCGACAUCAUCGCCACCACAGGAGAGGAGGCGCAGAACCCCAACACCUCCAUCCCGUACGCCAUCACCGCCUCGCUGGUCACGUGUCUCACCGCCUACGUGUCGGUGAGCGUGAUCCUGACACUCAUGGUUCCCUACGACCUGAUUGACAGCUCGGCUCCUCUCAUGGAGAUGUUCGCCGUGCACGGCUUCCUGUUGGGCAAGUACACGGUGGCGGUGGGCUCCAUUGCCGGGCUCACUGUGUCCCUGCUGGGCUCGCUCUUCCCCAUGCCGCGUGUCAUCUAUGCCAUGGCCCGGGAUGGCCUGCUCUUCAGGUCCCUGUCACACGUUUCGACACUCACGCAUACCCCGGCGGCGGCCUGCGUGGCUUCGGGGAGUCUGGCGGCGCUGCUCGCUCUGCUGGUGAGCCUGAGCGACCUCAUCGAGAUGAUGUCCAUCGGCACCCUGCUGGCGUACACUCUGGUCAGCGUGUGUGUGCUUGUGCUGCGCUACCAGCCUGAAGAGAUGGAGGACGGUCGCCAUGACGACUUGGAGCAGCGUAUUCACGCCAAAGAUGACCUGGAGGCUGAUGGCUCCUCCUAUCACAACGAAGAAGACUUCCACACUGGGGACGCCUCGCUGCUGCAAAGACUGCUGGGAGGUCAUUACUACACUGUGCGAUCUCGCCUAGGUGUACCCGAUGCGUCGGCACGCCCCACGGCUGUGACGGGCCGCACGGUGACCCGCUGCACCCUCCUCUUCUUCUUCUUGUCCUUCCUGCUGUGGACCACCGUCAUAUUUGGCGUGGAGCAAGGGACAGGGGUGGGUGCUGUCGUCUCAGGCCUGACAGCGGCACUGAUGAUGGGCUCCUUGGCGAAGCUGUUAAUUACGAUCGUACAGCAGCCAGAAAGUGGGCGGAGUUUGCCGUACAUGGCGCCUUGUGUGCCAUUUGUGCCCGCUGCAGCCAUCUUGGUCAAUAGCUACCUCAUGCUCAAACUGUCACCUCUCACAUGGGCAAGGUUCUCCAUCUGGUGCGUAAUCGGUCUGCUCAUCUACGCCUGCUACGGCAUGUGGCACAGCACGCUGGAAAUCAACGCCUGCGAGGAGCAAGCGCACGCCAGCUCUUAUCAGCGCUUCGACGACCACCUGGACGACACCUUCAACCCCAACGACGACUUAUACCCCCCUGAGCAGGAUGAGGGUUCCUACCAGGGUUGGGCCGCACCCCAGGAGAGGAGCCUCCACUACCAGCAUGACGACGGGGAGGACAAUGGCGGAUAUCAGUGUGGACCUGCAGGUCAAUACACGACUUGGGGGCGGAGCAAUCACGGCUUUAAUGACGAUGAUGAGGAGGACUGAAUUCAGGAAGUUGUCAUGAUGGGCAGAAGGACCUGAAGGCGGGGUUUGUAAGAUCAUUUUAUUUCAUAAAUGCUCCAAUUUACGCCAAUCAAUGCCUCUUCUUAAUUAACUGCUGGGGGCAAGGUCUACAUAAGCAAAUAAUCGCUGUGCUCUCUAAAUAGCAAACAAUAUUGGUACGAACAGCUGUGGCUGUAGGCAAAAUCCUGAUAUAUAUUUUUUGGUAUUAACUUCACAAGAUGGCAGUAGCUGCAUUUGAAGCAAAGCAUCCAGCAGCCGUUAUCUAUCUCUGCAUGCACUGUCAAAUGUUGCUACUCAGUUGUUGGUGUAGUCACGUGUUACCCUUGCUUUACUGUUUACAAUAACUACUCAGGUGUGCUGAGCAGCUGACAUCUGCUAACUAGUUAGCCAACUCUUGUUACGUGGCUAAUAGUUGUUAGCCCCCACGCCCCUCUUAGCUUGCGUUUUUUCUUUUUUAUUGACGGUGUUCGUUUGAUGCUUGGUUUGCUUGGCUGGAUGUGGUGUAGUUUUCCUCCGAAAGAAUAAACGAGAGUUAAUUUAUGGUCAAAAAUGUUUAUUUUUUGCAGAGUAUUACAGGUAAAAACAAUCCAAUAGAUGCAAUAUCCUUUUUCAUGCAUUAAUUGUGGAGCCAUGUUGCUAAAUUGUGACAUUUACUUCUUGAGCUAAUUAGCAUAGACAUCUCGGCCACGCGCCCUCAUACAUGUUCGGUCUUGGCGUGGUUGGCCGGACGGUCCAGAACGACGGCGGCCCCUCGCUGUCUGGAGUAGAAGAAGCUGCUCUCCCUGCUGAAGGCCCUGGGGUCGGUGGGGGCAUGGCAACAUAAGACCAUCGAGCCACCCAGGAAGCAGAGCGCCACGCCCACCCAGCCGGUGUAGAGUGAGAAGCCGAACGACAUCAGAGCCUCGUUAUGGCAGUUCUGUCAUGAGUUGCCCCUCACCCAUAAGCAGCACGAGGCUGCCGCCCACCCGGGCCCGCCAUUGCUUAACAGUGGAGGAGUCAUGCAGCAGGCGCACACAGGAAGUGGACAUGAGGACCAGCAGCAUGGCGGGAAGGCCCAGGAGACACGCACACACCAUCAAAGCACGGGAUGUCUGGAUGCAGAUUAAGGAUCUGGCUGAGGGCGGCGCAGUGGUAAAGAGCGGGAGAGAUGACACACUCAGCCCACAGGCCGCGGGAGCCCAGCUCGUCCAUGCGGACACAGGUGGCCAUGGUGUAGUCGCAGGUUCUGACCCAGUCGUUGGUGGCCGUGGCGACGAUGAGGCCCACCCAGCCCGCGCAGCUCGACACACUUCCGCUCACCUGCCUGCACGCGUGCGCCAUGUUGUACGCUUUGGACUGAAGUGGGUGAAAAAAAAAAUCCAAAUGUACUAAAAUAUAUAAAGGCGAUAUAACAAAAAAACCCAAAUUCAGAACGCUAAAAUCAAAUUAAUCACAACACGAGUGAAUACAAAGUUCUCUGUUGGAUUCCACUUAAGUAAAUCCCUGAGGUGUCCACUAGUCCCGUUAGCGCCGACUGGACUGGACUGACCAGUGGGGAAAUGCCUGACUUUUCUUUUUAUGGGGGGGUGGUGGGAAAGUUGGACCAAUCAGGUGAUGGCGCUAGAUAACCUAAAGCAGACACAGAAAGAAAUAGAAAGCCAAGCCAGAUGUUUCAAAGCAUGAAAAAAUGUCUUUUGAAUUCAUAACUUUAUCAUCUCACCUGCCUGCGACUCCCCCACCCCCGUGGACGUCACGUGAACUAAGGAUGCCCUCUAGUGGCGCAGCCGUGGAAAACAACAUAGUACUAAGACUUAUUUACGUCGACUUCAAAUAAAAUGUAGCAUUAGUUGCUUUAUUAAAUAUUUUCAAGCAAGAUAGCAUAAAAAUGUGACAAAGACACCAGUCUCCCCCGAUGGUGACUUUUUUUCUUGUCCAGAAUAUAGCGAUAUAAAACAUUACAUCUUCAUGACUCACGUACAAAGUUCACCUAUUAUUAUUUUUUUGUACACAGUUAUGGUAUAGCUACAGGAUAGAUUUGUCGUGGGAUGUCACAUUCUAAAAAAAACAAAACUAAAUUAUAUAUAUUAAAUGUUGAAAAUCCUUCAAGUGUACACUCUCCAGCAGCUUGUCCGAUAUACAUAAAUGACAAAAAUGUGCCUCGUGCUACAGUCUUGGUGCUUCUUCAAAA